CACAAUCAAUUGGCGAGCUCACCCUAAUUCAGAUCUGUGCUCUCUCUUCGGCGCUCCGAAACGCAGCGUUUCGUCCAACCUCAGUGGUUUGUAAUUCUUGACAGAUUUAGGGGAAUAUUUGAAGAACACUGUGCGAAGAUUGUGCUUGUGUGUAGAGCAAUAGAGCAUCCAUAUGGAGCUACGCUGUUGUGGUCAUCUUCAUUUCAUCCAGGCUAUUAAAGGUGAUUUAGUUACAAAAGCCCCAAAUGUUGUUCGUGGACAACCAAAACUUAAAUUUAAAAAGCUCACUGACAUUUAUGAUGGCUUAUUGUCUCAUAAUGAUGAUGGAAUGGCUGAAAGAUCAUGCUUGGGUGAAAUUGAGGAAAGCCCUGUGAAAACCAAGCCUGAUGCUUCCAUAUGUAAUGUCAAUGAUGAUGAUGAUCAGAGAAUCAUUAACUUGGAUGAUGACAACUUUGACAAUUUUACCUUAAGCCAAAUUAAAGCAAGUUGCAAAACAAGGAAGCGAAAACACUCACAAGGUCUUGACUCCUCUAAAAUAAACAUGAAAGUUGAAGAUUCGUCAUUCCUGGAGGACUACAGAGAGGAGCAAAGGGCAGCAGAUGAUUCUGAUUUCCUGCAGACUCUCAGUAGCUUGAAAUCUAAACUAUCAAAGAAUAUGAAGACGAAGAAGAAAAAGUGCUUUGAAGAACCAAGCCCUACUGAUACCCAAGAGAUUAUGCUAGUCAUCAAAUCUGAACCUGAAGAGAUCCUAAACAAUCAAGAGUUCCCACCCUCUAGCGAAGAGAUCCUAGACUAUCAUGAGUUCUCACCUUCUAGCCAAGAGAUCCAAGACUGUCAAGAGUUCUCACCCUCCUGUGAAGAGAUCCAAGACGGUCAAGAGUUCCCACCCACUAGUGAAGAGAUAAAAAUUGAUCAAGAGAUCCCAUUCUUUAGUGGAGAUUCAGUUGCCCUUGUUGAAGUGAAAUCUGAGGUUCCUGAAGCUGAUUGCUAUGGCGAGCCAGAUGACUAUUGUAUUAUAGAAAGCCAAGAAGCAGAGAUAAUCUAUGAAUGGAAUUUGGAGAAUGAAUUAGAUGAGUGGCAGGAGCGUGUUGAUUUUAUUCCAUUACGAAUGGUGAGGCCAUCUUGUAUGGAUAUUGUGAUAAGUAAUUAUCAACUAAGCAAUGACCAGUCUCCAUACAUGCCUGCAAUAGAAUUUGAAAGUGAAGAAUGCAUCAUCAAUCCAGAUCUCCAUUACAUCUCCCCACAAGGAAUCUGUCUGGUUGAAGAUCAUAACUCUGAUAUUCAUGACAAUCAACCCGAUGGUGACACUGACACUGCUGUCUCAUUACCUAAUGUGGUUACUCAUAAAGACCUUGAUUGCCUUGGUGUAGAGUUUAAAGAUGAUAAUAUUAUCCUCGAUGACUGCAGUAGUAAUGAAUUUACAACUGGUGCUGAGGAUCAGGUAGAAUGUAGCUCUACUAUGGAACAUGACUGCAGUAAUGAUGAAUUUACAGCUGGCAAUGAGGAUCUGGUAGAACCCAGCUCUACUAUUGAACAUGACUGCAGUAAUGAUGAAUUUACAGCUGGUAACGAGGAUCAGGUAGAACCCAGCUCUACUAUUGACAACAGCAGUAAUGAUGAAUUUUCAGCUGGUUCUGAGGAUCAGGUAGAACCCAGCUCUACUAUUGAACAUGACUGCACUAAUGAUGAAUUUACAGCUGGUAACGAGGAUCAGGUAGAAGCCAGCUCUACUAUUGAACACGACAGCAGUAAUGAUGAAUUUUCAGCUGGUUCUGAGGAUCAGGUAGAACCCAGCUCUACUAUUGAACAUGACUGCAGUAUUGAUGAAUUUACAACUGGUUCUGAGGAUAAGGUUGAACUCAGCUCUACUAUUGAACAUGGCCCCAAUCCUGAUGAAUGUCUGGUUUGUCACUCAGAUGAUCCACCUGAAUAUGAGGAGAAGCAAUCAUUUGCUUCUGUAAACAUUGCUGAGAAGAGACAUGUCAAUGUGGCUACUGAUGAACUUACUUCUUGGGAUGAAUGUGAUGGUAGUUCAAAGCUGCAUCAUUCUGAAAGGCUAUUAUCAACAAGAAAGGCGAUUUCACCAUCUUCAGAGGAAAGGCUCUGUAAAGCUGUGGAGUCGGUUAAUUUGAAUCAUAAAAACAAUUUGAAAUGCAAGGAAAAACUAUACUUUUCUGAGAAGACUGAUAAGAUGAAUAGUACUGCUGAAGGGCUUGAUGAUAUCACAGGAGCUCGACUAACUGAUAUCUUUAACAAAAUUAGUGUUAUUCCUAGGAGUAAAAGAGUUUCCCAACCUAGAGGCAUUUCCAAGAAUGCUCAUUCUUCUCGCCAAGCAACCCGCAUAGGGUGCAACUCUGUACAGAGUUGCUCAAAGAGUGCAAUUGCAUUUACACAGCAGCAGAUGCAUGAUGCAGAAUGCCUUGCUAUGAGACUCACGAAGGAAUUGAAGUCAAUGAAGGACAUUGUGGAUGAUAUGUUACGAUCUGAAUUCUGUCUAAAUACGUCUUUGAGACAUAAAGUAAAUGAGGCAAGAAUGGCUGUCAAGAAUGCCACAAGAGCUGAAGAAGCUACAAAACGAUGCCUGGCCUUCAUGUCAAGGGAUUGCAGCCGUUUCUGUAAAAUAAUGAAAUUUGCUGAUGAUAGUCCAUCUCCUCAAAAACCUCCUCCAGAUGUAGUGCGUAAAGAGAGGAAAAAAAUAGCCUUCGCUGAUGAAGCAGGUGGAAAGUUGUUCCAGGUUAAGUUCUAUGAGGAUGACGCAGUAUCUUUGUCCAAAUCUAAUUGAAAGAGAAAGAAUGUUGUUCUAAUAUGCCAUUUUCUGUACAAAUUUUCAGUGCCCUACCAUUCAUUGUAUUAGUUCUUUUUCUAGAAAUGCCUUAUAUUUUAACUGAUGGGGGUGGUUCCUUCCUAUGUCAGAAGUUGAUUCAAUUGAUACUGUAUAACAAGCGGCGUUGAGUCAAAUUUUCAACUUGGGGAUUUA